GUGGUUUUCUGCUCUCUAGUGGUAGAAGAGUGGAAGUGACCUGAGCUCCAUUGUACAGUGAGCGGCGGUGAGAAUACAGUGACUGGCGGCAUGUGAGCGACUUGUGAGACGGUGGAGCCUGGAGAACACCACAAUAAAGUAAUGUCAGGCUGGUUAAGAGAUGGAGAGGUGCUGGAAGGUCAGGGCAGUGGUCAGGCAUCUCCUCGUAACCCUAGAUUUAGGACCCCAACCUCAGGGAGAGGAGGCAGACCCUCACCCGACAGUGCAGCCUUCAGGUGCCCACAGGACACAAUGAGAAAAGCCAAAGAGCUGUUCGGGCUGUGUGAUAAAGAGAACAAGGGUUUCAUCACCAAGAGAGACUUGCAGCGGUUGCAGGGAGAGGUGCCUCUGACCCCGGAGCAGCUGGAGUCUGUGUUCGAAAGUUUGGACCGUGACAGAAAUGGCUUCCUCACACCUCUUGAGUUUCACACCGGUCUAGGUGAGCUGAUAGAAGAGUGUGAGGAGAAAGAUCCAGGAGAGCUCAGAUUCACACAGAUUCUUAUAGAGCUUGGAGCAGAUAAAAUCCUGAAAGAUCAGUGGGAGCUGUGUUCUCUUUGGUGUGAUUUGCAGAAAGAUAGGCCUGAGUUGUUGAAUCUAUUGGAGGAAAUUCUUUCCCAUGCUGUGGCUCAUCUUCAGGACGCACUGAGAGAGAGGGACAAUUUAGAAGACACCCUGCGCAGACGAGAAGACGAGCAUGACAGAGUUGUGCGCUCGCUUUAUGAAGACCUUGAGAGCCAACUCAAAGAAGAGCGACAGAAACGACUCGCUCUGGACAGCGCGAGACAGGGGGACAAAAGAGAGCAGCUACUGCAGGAGCUCAGGAUGAGAGAGCAGGAACUAGAGUUCACAUUGACCAAGCAGAGAGAGCUGGAGACUAGGAUCAAGGCUCUGUGCAAGGACCAGUCGAAUACUCGGGGGCAGAAUCAAAGGCUGCAGCUGGUGAACGCAGAUUUGAGGGAACAGUUGGAGGAGAGCCGAGAGGAGCUACAGAAAGCACUCAAUCAGCUGCAGAUUCUGCAGGAAACACUCACAGAUCAGCAGGAAGGCAAGCAGAGGCAAGUGCUAAAAGUCUCAAGAAACAUGCAGAAAGAGAAGGAGAGCCUGAUGAGGCAGCUGGAUCUGCUCAGGGACAUGAACAAGCGUCUGCGGGAUGAGAAGGAUGCACAGCAGGAUCAGAAGAGGGUUAGUCACAGACAAUCCUUCAUGCCUCCUCUUCAGUCUUACCCACAGUGGAACUGUGGCCAAGACACCCCACCGUGGGACACCAAAGAUGAAGAGGCCAUUAGAGAAGAAGGGAUCAAUAAUUGGAGACUAUAUGCUGGCCAAGAUACCUGGCAGCAGGUCAGUUUUGUUCAUCAGAUGAAGAAGAGCUCACCUGACGUGAUUGCUGAGGCAGAGCUAAACCAUAAAGCGGAUACACACAACAAAACGGCUGGUGUAAGCGGCCCACAGCGUGUGUUUAAGGUUGUGUUUUUAGGCAGCUCCGGAGUGGGUAAGAGCUCAUUCAUCCAUCACUACUGCAGAGGGCACUUCCCCAAUAAAAUGAGCACUACUGUAGGUAUAGACUUCCAGAUGAGAAGUCUAGUGCUCGACUCCACCCAAAUUGCUCUCCAGCUUUGGGACACAGCAGGACAGGAGAGAUUCCACAGCAUCACAACACAGUAUUACCGUAAAGCAGAUGGGAUCCUGGUCAUGUAUGAUGUCACUCAGAGCACCUCGCUCAUGGCAGUGCAUGAUUGGCUCAACCAAGUACAGAAAAAUAAGGCUGAUGGUUCAUGUGUGAUGCUGCUAGGCAACAAGGUGGAUAUGGAGGAUGGAGGCGGGAGACAGGUGACCACCCUGCAAGGACAGAAGCUGGCUGAGGACUACCAGGCUGACUUCUUUGAAUGCAGUGCUAAAAGUGGCCAUAAUAUCCAAGAGGCGAUGACACAUCUGGCUAGACUGAUGGAAGCCCAGCAAGAAAAACAGUGUGAGUCUGUACUUCACUCUCUGGACGACUCUAGUCAUAGAGGGCACUGUUGCACAUAGUUGAAGAGUAUCACAUGAGGACAUACAAGUGAUAAAACCCAGUCAUAUUUGUGACACUGUUGUCGAACUGCCUGCAGCAUAUCAGAAAGAACAUCUCACUGAACUAAGACAACAUGAAAAAUUCUCCUGAACAAUCUUUGCACAUAACUAUUUUGGAAAGUGUUUCCUUAUUAUUGCAAUUUUUUUCAGCAUAUUCUGCCCAUCUCAGGAAUUAUGCGAAUAUUAAACAAACAUGGCCAUGAAUCUGUACAUACAACCGGAUGUAUGAACUUGCAACCAACAAACGUACGGUAUUAGUAUUGUUAUUAUUGUUUUAGAUCACUUUACCUUUAUAUUUUACAUCUUUGCUUAAAAAAUUCAGGCAGAACAAUUAAACAAGAUUUAAUUCCUUACUUGUACAAAUAACCUGUAAGAACAUGACAAUCAAAAAUCUAAUGGGUUAGGCUGGUGCAUAAGAGUUUAUUCAGGUGAUUGAAAACUGAUUUCCAGCCUGGAAGGCUUGACUGUGUUUGGAUGUGUCUCUUGUGUCAUUUUGUAGAAAAGAUAUGGACCUUACUCAUCCAAUUUUCAAAUGUAUUUUAUAAAGCUGUUAUUGAUAUACACCAAUCAGGCAUAUAACACUGAUUAUCUCCUCAUGAUGGCACCUGUUAGUGGGUGGAAUAUACUGUAUUAGGCAGCAAGUGAACAUUUUGUCCUCAAAGUUGAUGUGUUAGAAGCAGGAAAAAUGGGCAAGCGUAAGGAUUUGAGCGAGUUUGACAAGGGCCAAAUUGUGUUGGCUAGACGACUGGAUCAGAGCAUCUCCAAAACUGCAGCUCUUGUGGGGUGUUCCCAGUCUGCAGUGGUCAGCAUCUAUCAAAAGUGGUCAGAGGAAGGAACAGCGGUGAACUGCUGACAAGGUCAUUGAUGCACGUGGGGAGCAAAGGCUGGCCCGUGUGAUCCGAUCCAACAGACGAGCUACUGUUGCUCAAAUUGCUGAAGAGCUUCAUGCUGGAUCUGAUAGAAAGGUUUCAGAAUACACAGCAUGACGGGUCAAGGCUGUUUUGGCAGCAAAAGGGGGACCAAGACAGUAUUAGGCAGGUGGUUAUAAUGUUAUGCACGAUCGGUGUAUGUGGGGAGGAAUAUUAAAAAAUGUAAACUCAAUAUGCAAAGACAUGGUCUUUUUUUAAGUGAAAUUAUCUGUAUGGUGAAAUGGACUACAACUUGGAGGAUGUACAUUUCUUUAACCACGAUUGUUAUAUUUUCUUGUCUUAAAAUCACCACUCUUGUCAGAAAUAAUACUUUUGUGAGGCAGAAAUGUGAUGUGUAAGUAAACUGUAUAUUAACCAUUUUCUAUUGUA